CGGACCACGCCUCGUCGCGUUGGUCGCCAGUCUCCAGCGACGCGGCUCUCCACACGUACCGCCCGUGUCCUGCCGUCUCCGCGCUUGUCUUCAGCCGUAUAAGAGCCACACAUGAUGUCGGCUGGGUGGUGGGCGCUGGCCUGGGUGCUGCUAGCGGCGGCCGCGGCCCCCGGGUGCCUGGCCAGGGCGAGCCUGCCGCUGGUGGAGCCGUCGACGCUGGCGUCGCUGGUGCGCGCGGCGCCGCUGGUGUUCUGCGGGCGCGUGGCGCGCGUGCUGCUGCCCAGCCGCAGGGAGGUGCUGUCGCUGCAAAUGGACGGGCGGGCGCGCGUUGUCACCGCGGGCGGCCGGCCCGUGCCCGACGAGGCCAUCGCCGCCGUGCUGCUGGUCAGCGUGCGCACCAUGGUCAAGGGCACGCUGCCCGGGCAGCGCCCGCCGCAGGAGCCCGUCGACUACCUCUUCCCUCGCAAGACUGUCGAGGUGCUUCUUCGCGGAGGCGGCAGCCCGGUGGAGGCUCGUACGCUGCGGGUCCUGCACACGGCCAUCUUCCUCGCCAGGCCCGACGGGUCGCGCCUACGCCUGUUCGCCAGCCCUCUGCCCAUGGCGCUGCGCUACCUGGACGUCGUGCGUGCUGCAGCCAAAGCUUCCUCAUAUUUGAAUGUGUACGAUGGAACAGAAUGUCUUAUUUGA